GUAAAUUGUUCCGAUAUGUGUUGUUUAUAUAAAGACAGUUUACUGUAGUACCACCAGUGAUUGAUGGAUCUCUACGUUGUGUACAGUAAGGUCUUCUGUUUUCCCCCUGUCUGCCCCUAAACUAAGUGGAAGUGGAAUAUGUUCAAGUUGUAAAGCAUUUCUUAGCACAGAAUGAAGAGGUCAGCCCGCCAACAAAAGCCAAACAAGAAAUACUUUGUCGAGGAAGAAGGUUCAUCAGAUGGACCAAAAAGAAAAUGUGGACGAUCUGGAUGUCCUGCAACAGUGCCCAUCUGUUUUGCGGGAGUCAGUGAGAGAUGCUGUGGUAGUAGCUGGACCUCAAGAUGGUACCACGUGACUUUGGGCGAGCAUUUCUGCAAUGAAUGCUUUGAGCACUACUACAGAAGUCAUAAGGCUGGUUACGCCGAUUUCACAGCAUGGAAACGGAAGUGGUCGGCCCAUGCACGCACCGAAGGAUCGGUGGUUGCCUUUAUGAUGGAACAGAUUGUGCCAUACUGGGUGCAGUGCCAGAAGAAGGAAUGCGGCAAGUGGAGACAGCUCUCCCGCGAUGUGGACCUCACUCCAGAGUUUAUACGAAUGUUCCAGUGCGGGUCCACCAACGGAACAAACAAUAACAACAAAAAAGGCAAACAAGACCCAUGUUAUGCACCUCAAGAUGAGCGAGUCCACUUUGUCCACAGCCCUCUGUGGCUGAUUCAGAACAAGUGUACACCCUACUUGAAGAAGUCGCCGGCGGCUCCGUUCCUCACAGCCUAUUACGCUGACGGUGUGGGGCUCAGUCCUACUGAGAAUGCUGCUGCUCUCUCUAAGGCUGAGAAAAAGAAGUUAUGCCCGUACGUUCUACCUUUUCCCAAGGCAGAUCAUCCUCUUCAUGCAUUUGCUGUUACGCCAGACAUGAUGACAGAAGUGGAGAUAGAGUCGUUCCCCUUGCUGGCCCAAGAAUGUCCCUAUAUGUAUCUGGCAGUUCGUAACCUGAUCAUGUCAUUGUGGACACUGAACCCAAAAGAGUGGCUGACCAAAGAGAAGUGUACGGAGUACCUGAUCUGCCGCGGACUGGCCAGGGUGUCUUGUGUGGAGCAGCUGCCGCAAGUGUUGGCCUUUCUGACCCACCACGACCUCAUCAACCAGGGACUGGUCACUCCACCAGCAAACUUAACAGAACCGUUUACUUCUCUGCACCAGGGAUCAUCGGUUCUGAUCGUCGGGGCAGGUGCCAGUGGUCUCGCAGCAGCCCGGCUUCUCAGCAUACAUGGUGUCAAGGUCACAGUGUUAGAAGCUAAGGGCUGCAUCGGGGGGCGUGUCUGUGACCAGGAUGUAGAGGGCAGCACCGUGUCUUUCAGUGGUCAGUGGCUGAACGGUUGCGUCAACAACCCCGUGGCAGUCAUUGCUUAUCAGGCUGGCAUUGACCUUGAGCAACCGAACGAUGACUGUCGACUGAUCACAGAGGAUGGAAAUGUCAUUGAGGAUUCCCUCGACCGCAGAAUUGAGUUUCACUAUAACGCAAUUCUUGACAUCAUCGCGGAGUGGAGGAAGGGCAGAGAGGAUAAGGCAGAUGUUGACCUUCUGACAAAAUUCAAGGAGUUCCACCAGCAGUUUAUUUCUGAAACACAGGGCUUCUUUACACACGUAAGUCUUUGUAUUCUGAAGUUAGUUUUGUUCCUGCAAAGUUCUUGGUGCUUUGUUUAUAUAUUUUUUAUGAGGACACAAGAGCAACAAUCAACAGUGCUUUCUUCGUGCUUUGCUUUUGUGGUUCACUCCCCUUUUCUUGAACCUGGCCCGCAUGUAAAGGGUGUCUUUUCGCAGGAGGAAGAGCAAGUGAUGGAAUUCCACCUGAGCAACCUGGAGUUUGCCUGUGGCUGUUCCCUCGACCAACUCUCCUCCCUCCGGUGGGAUCAAAAUGAGGAGAUGCCACAGUUUGCAGGAGCCCGUACCCACGUGGCCAGUGGGUUUGGUUCCAUUUUGAAGAAAUUUGCAGACGGCUUGGACGUCAGGUUAAAUACUCAGGUCACAGGAAUCGACUACACGGGCAGUGAAGUGACAGUAACUACAGAGUCUGGACAGAACUUCUCGGCGCAGAUGGUAAUUCUUUCCCUCCCUCUGGCUGUACUCAACUCAGGGGUUGUGACAUUCCAGCCAGCUCUGCCUGACAGCAAGAUGAAGGCCAUAGAAGCUGUUGGAGCUGGUCAAGUGGAGAAGCUGAUUCUACAGUUUGAUCAGAACUUCUGGUCAGAGAAGAUAAAGGGCAAGACAAUGUUUGGUCAUGUGCCUGGCCCGACCCCACAGCGAGGCUUGUUCAGCAUUUUCCACGAUGUCUCAAAGCCUCAGAAUGCUUCUACAUCGAGCAAGCACACCUUAGUCACCUACCUCGUUGGUCAAGGGCUUUCACUCAUGCACGACCAGUCAGACCAGGAAGUUGUCACGAAAUGUGUAUGUCUGUUACGGGAGAUGUUUCCAGAAAAGGAUAUUCCUGACCCAUCUUGGUACCAUAUGACCCACUGGGGUCGUGACCCUCACAUCGGCAUGGCUUACAGUUAUCUCCCGGUAGGAGCACCAAAGAAUGCACACUCAAACCUUGCCGAGGAAGUGGACUCGCGUCUGUUCUUUGCCGGAGAGGCUACACACCACCAGUUCCCUCAGACGGUCGCCGGAGCCUAUCUCAGUGGUGUGAGGGAAGCCAGGAAAGUGCUGACAGUUUUGGAGCAGACACACUGACCACUGUGUGUGUGUGUGUGUGUGUGUGUGUGUGUGUGUGUGUGUGUGU